UCAAAAAUGAACCGACCCGUCCAACAGCCCUCGUUCGCAUUCCCUAGUCCUCAAGUCGGCCUCCGUCGUAGCACAGUGCGGUGACCUAAUACUCUAACAGACGCCCUCGAGUAAAACCUCCCAAACCAAUCCAACACCUCCAAUCCCAACCCAACCAUGUCGAAGCGGAAGUUCGGCUUCGAAGGCUUCGGCAUCAACCGCCAAGCCACCUACAACUUCGAGCGCUCUCAACCCCCUCAGCGGCUCUUCGCCCCUCCCCACGACAACUACGAGGACACCGACGUUGACAAUAUCGAUUUCGAUGACAACGAGGAAGCGACCGCCAAGGACGACCGAAAUGACGAGAUUGACCCUCUCGACGCGUUCAUGGAGGGCAUCCAGGAGGAGAUGCGAUCCGCGCCGGCGCCGAAGGCGAAGGAGAAGGCGGAGAGGUUAGACGACGACGACGACGAUCCUAUGGAGACCUUCCUCCGGGCGAAGAAGGACCUUGGGUUGACGCUGGCAUCCGAGGCCCUCCGCGCAGGGUACGAUUCCGACGAGGAGGUCUACGCCGCGGCGAAGGCGGUUGACGCCGGCUUGUUGGAGUACGACUCCGACGACAACCCGGUGGUGCUCGACAAGAAGCGGAUCGAGCCGAUUCCGGCUCUGGACCACAGCGAGGUCGACUACGAGCCUUUCAAUAAGGAUUUCUACGAGGAGAAGGAUUCGAUUUCUGGGAUGAGUGAGCAGGAUGUUGAUGAGUACCGGAAGAGCUUGGCUAUUCGUGUAUCAGGAUUUGAUGUUCCAAGGCCAAUUAAGACAUUUGAAGACUCUGGUUUUUCUCUGCAACUCAUGAAUGCUAUAAAGAAACAAGGGUAUGAAAAGCCUACAUCGAUACAGUGCCAGGCUUUUCCGAUUGUGCUAUCUGGGAGAGAUGCCAUUGGUAUAGCAAAGACGGGUUCUGGUAAAACUGCCGCUUUUGUGCUUCCCAUGAUUGUCCAUAUUAUGGAUCAGCCUGAGCUUGCGAAAGAAGAGGGUCCUAUAGGAGUGAUAUGUGCACCUACUAGAGAGUUAGCACACCAAAUAUACUUAGAGGCCAAGAAAUUUGCAAAGUCACAUGGGAUACGUGUCUCUGCUGUCUAUGGUGGCAUGUCGAAACUUGAGCAGUUCAAAGAACUUAAGGCUGGAUGUGAGAUAGUGGUUGCUACUCCUGGGAGAUUGAUUGACAUGAUAAAGAUGAAGGCACUGACGAUGUUAAGAGCCACUUACUUGGUACUUGAUGAGGCUGAUCGGAUGUUUGACCUUGGAUUUGAACCGCAAAUUAGGUCUAUUGUUGGUCAGAUUAGGCCAGACCGCCAGACUUUAUUAUUUUCUGCGACAAUGCCCCGUAAAGUUGAGAAGUUAGCUAGGGAAAUCCUUACUGAUCCUGUAAGAAUUACAGUAGGGGAGGUGGGAAUGGCCAAUGAGGAUAUUACUCAGGUGGUUCAUGUAAUUCCUUCGGAUACGGAGAAGUUGCUUUGGCUUCUUGAACAGCUACCUGGAAUGAUUGACAAUGGAGAUGUUUUAGUGUUUGCUUCAAAAAAAGCCGCAGUGGAUGAGAUUGAAUCACAGCUGGCUCAAAAAGGUUUUAAAGUUGCAGCUCUUCAUGGUGACAAGGACCAGGCUUCUCGUAUGGAAACUUUGCAAAAAUUUAAAUCUGGCAUCUACCACGUUCUUGUUGCAACUGAUGUUGCUGCUCGUGGUCUUGACAUCAAAUCAAUUAAAUCAGUUGUGAACUUUGAUAUUGCAAGAGACAUGGACAUGCAUGUCCAUCGUAUUGGUAGAACAGGUCGUGCUGGUGACAAAGAUGGGACUGCAUACACUCUAAUUACUCAUAAAGAGGCACGGUUUGCUGGUGAAUUGGUUAAUAGUUUGGUUGCUGCUGGUCAGAAUGUUUCGGUGGAACUGAUGGAUCUUGCUAUGAAGGAUGGGAGAUUCAGGUCCAAACGUGAUGCAAGAAAAGGAGGAGGAGGGAAAAAGGGUAGAGCAAAGGGUGGUGCUAGCGGUCGAGGUGUUCGUGGUGUUGAUUAUGGCUUGGGCAUUGGCUAUAGUGCAGAAUCCACUAAUACUACAUCCAGCCCUGUUCCAAGUCGAUCUGCAGCUGUUAAUUCACUCAAGACAGGAAUGAUGGCACAAUUUAAGAAUAAUUUUGUUGCUGCUUCAUCAAACCCUCAGAAUCAGAAUCAGGGUAUGAGCAACAGUUCAAGUGCUUAUGCCAACAAGAGACCAGCACUAGCAGGCUUUGUAUCUGGUGGUUCAAUUGGUGGAGAUAUAUAUAAAACACAACCAACCAGUUCAUUCCCCCCUGCUAUGUCAGGUGUAAACACCCCCAGCUCUGGAGAAAAUGCAAGCCAAAAGAACACAGAAAGUUCGAGAGAUAGACCUAGAGAAAGGCGGAGGCCCUCCGGUUGGGAUCGGUAAUUUGUACAAUUCAAUCACACUACUCUCACAUGACUGAGAACUCUUUAUCUUUUAGGAUAAGCUUGAAGUUAUAUUCUGUAAUUGUACCUAUGCUUGAAAGCUCCUUUGUUUUUUUUUGUUCUUUUCUUUUUUUCUUUUUAGUUCCUGCUUCUGUAUGAUUCUAGUCUUCAGUUCAUAUAAGUAAAAUUUUUGCAGCAUAUGAGUUCAAUAUAAAUUUUUUUUGUUGCCUA